AUGCGCGAGACACUGCGUAGCGGACCUCCGGUGCGCCGCGGAAUGCACACAGCGCCGGCAGAUGUGCGCUCCGCAUUUGAUGAUUCCAGCGAGAAAGGCGAGAAAGGCGAGAAAGGCGAGAAAGGCGAGAAAGGCGAGAAAGGCGAGAGCGAGCAUGACCUGACCAGCAAUCGCGCCACAAGCUGCGACCUUGAGAUGAGACCCGCCGUGGAUGUUAAGAAGAAAGAGACGGAGCGCUCAGGAUCCCACAAUGAUGACCCGUUUGGAGACGAAGGUGAUAAUGAAGUCAAGUACCGGACUUUGCGGUGGUGGCAGGCCGGGUUGAUCAUGAUUGCGGAGACGAUUUCGCUGAGCAUCCUGUCGCUGCCGUCUGUUCUUGCGACGAUUGGAUUUGUGCUGGGUAUCAUUCUCAUUGUCGCUAUGGGACUGCUGGCCACGUAUACUGGGUUAUGUGGGGGCCCCGGACGGGAAUUCGGAGGCGCUGCGCAGACUAUCUUCCUCACCUUCGUGAUGGGAUCCCACAUCCCGACGUUCACUAUCGCCAUGAACGCCAUCACUGGCAACGCGACCUGCAGCCUCGUCUGGGGUGUUGUCGGUUUCAUAAUUCUCCGGAUCUUCACUCUCCCUCGAACGCCCAAGAAGGUCUCAUUCAUCAGCAUUUGUGGUGCGGUCUUCGCCACAAUGAUUGCGUUGGGACUCGACACAAAGCCAAACCCCAGGCUCGCCGCUACGUACUUACCGGGCUUUGCACCAGCUUUCCUGGCCGUGACCAACAUAAUUUUUGCGUAUGCUGGUCAUGUCGCUUUCUUCUCCUUCAUCUCCGAGUUCCGGGAUCCCAGCGAGUUUCCAAAGGCACUGUUCAUGCUACAGGCGACAGACAUCACCAUGUAUCUAAUGGUCGCUAUCGUAGUGUACCGAUAUACUUGCGUGGAUGUUGCCAGUCCCGCGCUGGGUAGCGCGAGUAGGGUAGUAGUCAAAGUCGCUUGUGGUAUCGCCCUGCCUAAGAUCCUGCUGGCUGGCGUGAUCUACGGCCACGUGGCAGCAAAGUACAUUUGCGUACGCAUGUUCCGUGGAACACGACACAUGGGCUCUUGUACCUGGCUUGCCAUUGGUUCCUGGGCGGGUAUUACUCUGGCGCUCUGGAUAAUCGCAUGGAUCAUUGCCGAGAGCGUCCCUAACUUCAACUCCCUGCUUGGUCUUAUUUCGGCGUUAUUCACUGCCCGGUUCACCUAUGGAAUGAGUGGCUAUUUAUGGUUGUACCUCAACUGGGGUAACUACACUGCGAACUGGAAGAAGAUGAGCCUUACAGUUCUGAACGUUGCUACCUUCUGGAUUGGCGCGGCGAUAUGUAUUAUGGGACUCUGCGCGAGCGGAAAGUCGAUCCAUGGCUCUACAUCAGGCGACUCAUGGUAUUGUAGUCGAUCUUGA